AUGGGCAACUGCUGCCGCUCCCCGGCGGCCGCGGCGCGGGAGGACGUCUCGUCGUCGCACUUCCCCGCCUCCGCCGGGAAGAGGAAGCCCCACCAGGCGCGCAACGGCGGCGGCGGCGGCGCGGGGGGAGGCGGGGGCGGGGGCGGCGCCGGCGCCGGCGGGGAGAAGAAGCGGCUGUCGGUGCUCGGCGAGGAGGGCCGCGACGUGAGCGGCGGGAUCGACGGCAAGUACGCGCUGGACCGGGAGCUGGGGCGCGGCGAGUUCGGGGUCACGUACCUGUGCAUGGACCGGGGAUCCAAGGAGCUGCUCGCCUGCAAGUCCAUCUCCAAGCGCAAGCUGCGCACGCCCGUCGACGUGGAGGACGUGCGCCGGGAGGUGGCCAUCAUGCGCCACCUGCCCCGCAGCGCCAGCAUCGUCACGCUGCGGGAGGCCUGCGAGGACGACGGCGCCGUGCACCUCGUCAUGGAGCUCUGCGAGGGCGGGGAGCUCUUCGACCGCAUCGUCGCGCGGGGCCACUACACGGAGCGCGCCGCCGCCGCCGUCACGCGCACCAUCGUCGAGGUCGUGCAGCUCUGCCACCACCACGGCGUCAUCCACCGCGACCUCAAGCCAGAGAACUUCCUCUUCGCCAACAAGAAGGAGAACUCCCCGCUCAAGGCCAUCGACUUCGGCCUCUCCAUCUUCUUCAAGCCCGGUGAGAAGUUCUCUGAAAUUGUGGGAAGUCCCUACUAUAUGGCUCCUGAAGUGCUGAAGAGAAACUAUGGACCUGAAAUAGACAUUUGGAGUGCUGGCGUUAUCUUGUAUAUAUUGUUAUGCGGUGUUCCUCCAUUUUGGGCUGAGACUGAACAAGGAGUGGCACAAGCUAUCCUUCGGGGAAAUAUAGAUUUUAAGAGAGAACCCUGGCCCCAUGUUUCUGAUAAUGCUAAAGAUCUAGUUCGGCAGAUGCUUCAGCCUGACCCGAAAAUCAGGCUAACGGCAAAGCAAGUUCUUGAGCAUACAUGGCUUCAAAAUGCCAAGAAAGCUCCAAAUGUUCCUCUUGGAGACAUUGUAAAGUCAAGGCUGAAGCAGUUUUCAAGGAUGAACAGAUUCAAAAGAAGAGCUUUAAGGGUCAUUGCUGACCACUUGUCGGCUGAAGAAGUUGAGGACAUAAAGGAGAUGUUCAAAGUGAUGGAUACUGAUAAUGACGGUAUAGUCUCAUAUGAAGAGUUGAAGAGCGGGAUCGCAAAAUUUGGUUCUCACCUUGCAGAAUCUGAAGUGCAAAUGUUAAUAGAAGCUGUGGAUACAAAUGGUAGAGGAGCACUAGAUUAUGGUGAAUUUUUGGCUGUCUCACUUCAUCUACAAAGGAUGGCAAAUGAUGAGCACCUUCGGCGGGCCUUCCUGUUUUUCGACAAGGAUGGCGAUGGUUUUAUUGAGCCUGAGGAGCUUCAGGAGGCCCUGGCGGAGGAUGGGGCGGUAGAUAUCACGGAAGUGGUGAAGGACAUAUUGCAAGAAGUUGACACCGACAAGGAUGGCAAAAUUAGCUUUGAAGAGUUUGUAGCAAUGAUGAAAACCGGCACGGACUGGCGAAAGGCUUCGCGGCAUUAUUCGAGAGGACGUUUCAAUAGCCUAAGCAUAAGGCUUAUCAAGGAUGGAUCUGUAAAGAUGGGAAAUGAGUGA